CGCAGUUUAUAACAGAAGAUCCACAGAAAUGGCCAACCACAUCCGGCAGUGAGCCAACCAGUUCUCUUCUGACAGGGGAGGGUCUUGGGUUCCAAGAAGACAUAGAGAUGGUCGAUAAAGAAGAUCCAGUUGUUAAUGUCAACCCGAUGAAAACGGAGGAAAUUAUAACACCAAAUGAAGUGAUAGGAAAUAAUCAGUCAACAGACGACAAGCUUCAUAAAUUAAAAGAAAUUCAAGCUAAAUAUUUUCCUCUAGAGGUAGAAGGAAAAGAAACCAAUCUAAGUCGAAACUUAGGAGUAUUCAAGGACAUUGAUGACCUAUUGAGAUGCAAAGGUCGUAUGAAAAACGCAAACUGGUCGUUCGACAAACGAUACCCUAUACUCAUACCAAAAGAGUCAGAUUUCACGAAGGAAAUUAUAAUGAAAACUCAUCAAGAGAACAAACAUGUAGGUGUCAGCCACACGCUUGAUAAAAUAAGAGAAAUGUAUUGGAUUCCUCAAGGAAGAAGUAAAGUCCAACGGAUAUUAAAGGGAUGCCCUGAAUGUAUGAAACAUGAUGGAGGACCUUAUAGACUACCAGAAACCCCUGCUCUUCCUAAAGAGAGAGUCAAUUACAGCUCUCCUUUUACGUACGUUGGAACAGACUACCUGGGACCACUUCUAGUUAACAACGGGAAUGGCAGUUGUAAAAGAUGGAUUAGCCUUUAUACAUGUUUAGCGGUAAGAGCCAUUCACCUGGAAGUGGUAAAGGAUCUAACAGCGGAAGAAGGUCUUCUGGCCUUAAAAAGGAUGAUAUCAGCGAGAGGCGUGCCUACCUUAAUUACAUCUGACAACGCAGCUCAUUACAAGUUACUUUCUGAAAUUCUUCAAGACCCAUAUUGCAUAGAAAAGGAGAUUAAAUGGAAAUUCAUACCGCAAUUAGCCCCAUGGCAUGGAGGAUUUUACGAAAGGUUGAUUGGCUUAACCAAGAAUUGUAUGAAGAAAACCUUACAAAAACACUUAUUGAAUGACAGCCAGCUGGCAACAACAGUUAAGGAAAUAGAAGCAGUACUUAACACAAGACCUUUAACCUACGUGGAUUCAGAACCUGACCACGUAUUAAAACCCUCAGACUUUCUUACCAUGGGAAAAUGUAUCGUAAUGGAAACGUCGAGCAUGGAUCCUAUUACGUCACAUGGGACAGUAACCAAAGACAAUCUAAUUAAAGGUUGGAAGAAAGCGCUCAUCAUUCUACGAGAAUUCAAAGAGAUGUUUGAGAACAGGUAUCUCCUAAAUUUGAGAGAAAGAUACUCCCAUCAUCCUAAGGAGCCUAGAGUGACUUCAAAAUUAACGCCAAAAAUAGGUCAGAUAGUGCAAUUAAAAGGCGACACGAAGAAUAGGAUCAAUUGGAAAGUUGGGAAAAUAGUAUCUUUAAAGGAAGGCGCCGAUGGUUUAUGUAGAGUAGCCACGGUCCAAGUAGGAGAUACAAUAUAUACAAGAUCUAUCGCGCAUCUCUACCCGUUAGAGAUCGAAGAUGGAGAGGAACAGUGUAAACAAACGUCACAUGAAGAAAGCGUAGAAGAAUCUGUACAGGUUCCUGACGUCCCACAUCCAACAAGAAGGGACGACGUGAUGAAAGAAUCCACUAACGACGUUCUUAAGACUUCUGAGCAGAAAUCUUAUCAAUUAACAGAAUUAAACGAGUCAGAAGAAAUACCGUCUGAUUCAGUCUUAUUAGAGCCUGCAUCUAGUCAGUUACACGAGCCUGAGCCUAAAUCCAUACCCGAACCAGACCCACUCGCAGUCAAAGACAUGACGUUCUGCGAGAACACUGAUCCUGAAACGCACCACCUAGAGAACAUCGCGUCGGCUGAACAUCACGACGAGUCCAGACCUAAGAGAGCAGCGGCGCUUCGUGCUCUUGAGAAGAUUAAGGAGUGGACCAGCAACUUAGUCGCAGUUUUGCUGCCUGUAGUGGGGAGUGUCGCGACCAACGCGAAACUAUAGAGCCCCAAGAAUAUUCCCCUGCGGCAACACUGGCGGCGCCCUCUGGGUGGAGCCAUAAUCACGGAGUGACAAUCAGCCGCCGUAACAUAAAAGCAAGCGAAGCAGAUCAGAGGCUCACCUGGCCCCGAGAAGGUUGGGACAGCGUGAGCGUGGAUGAGGAAUCAUCUAUAGAAAUGUCAGGUAUGUAUACCAUGCAUUCUGUUUGGUGGUCAGUAUAUAUAUUGACCACACACACACAAAUAAGUUGCCAUCCUUCUCCUUUACGGACUCGUAAAUGUACCGUAGGCGGCUAGGAGAGGGGUG